UAAAAACGCCGAUAGCGCACUAAAACACAGCAGCUACUUGGAUCAGUUUCUCCUCCAUGAGGCGCGCGCCUUCUUCAAUAAAAACACGGGAGGAAGUUAAAGAACACAACGCAGCACUUGGACAAGAUCAGCUGACUCCUGCUUUUCAAAAGUCUCGGCUCAAGUCUGGUAAAACUGUAACAAAGAACCAAAAGAACGUUUGGAAGGAUUUCACGUUGGACAGGUGUGUGAGAUAGACAGAGACAGGUAGGAUGAGCUCUCUGGAGUAUCAGACUGAUGCUCUGAAACUUUUACACGAACUUCAUUCAAACAGGAGGAUUAGAAACACCGGCAAUCACAAAGGGUCCAUACCCGUGUCUGAAAGAGCCAGAGAAAGUUUAUUAGCCCGUUUUGUAGAUAUUUUAUCUCAGAUCAUAUCCAUAGAGCAGGAUUUAAUAAAAAGUCUCUCUGCAGAAAUGAAGUUUUUCCUUCGCCAUAAGGACAGCGUGGAUUUGAAGAACAUCUGCCUGAGAAUGUCUCUGAGCGAAAUCGGCCAUGAGUCGGACAGAAACCUGAAGGAGCUCCGGAUCUGUCUGCAGCUCAUAGUGAACAACUUGCUCUCAGCGGUGCGGGGUGAGAAUAAUUUAUCGUCCACAGGAACCACUCUACGGUUAAUGAGCAUAUCUAUCACACUACCUGACAUCUGAACUGCCGUGUUAUUUGGAGAGGUACCUGCUUUUCACACCGAACUGAUAGCAGGGAUUGUUUGUUUUUUUCUUUGGUGACUCUUUCUGAGUUGAAGUGAACCCGGAGCUCCAGCAGGAUCCUAUUCUUGGCUGAAUAACUGGCACAAGUCCAAACUACCUCAUAGAGUUGAGCUCUGAAUAAAAAUGAACACUUCUUUGCAUCUACACCUAUUUUAAUUAUCUCAUUUGGCUGAUGAUUUGUCCAUAGAUGCAACUGACAUCUGAGACAGGAGUAAAACGAAAUACUUGAAAGUUAACUACAGCUUGCAGCCAUACAGGUUUUGGACUAACAACAUUCUCAUCUGUAUACUCAAAACUUCAACUGACUGCAACUGGUUUCCCAGAAAAAAGCAACAAUAAUGUAACUUUUUUUUUUAUAUAAUUUAACAUCCGGAGUGAAGUUUUAAUGGUAGUAUUUUUUUUUUGUGCACAUCUACUACUUUUUAUUUUUGGAAACAUGAAGGCUGUAUUGUCCGUGUUAUUUUUAAUUUGUAGGCGUAACCCCAUUGCAAUUACCUGAAUCGUUUUCUCCAUCUAUGUGUAUUCAAUAAAAUAGACCUUUGUAAUUA